AUGAACCAGUUGGUGUUCGUCUGUGUGCUAUGUGGCUUUGCUCCUGUGAAUAUUCGGYCAGCUUCAGGAACUGAAUUCCAGUGUGAUGGCUCCCCUGCUCCUUCUGGAGAAUUGUGCGUUUUUGCUAACCAGUGYGGAGGCAGCAGUGAUGCAAAAAAAUAUUCUUCCUCUGAAAAGUGUGACUUUGAAACUGACUUGUGCCAAACCUUUCCUGAACUGAAUUUACAACCUGGAUGGAUUAGAAGAAAUGGCCGAUCUGGUUUGGGGCCACCUUACUCCGACCGUACUGGGAAUGACACUGCUUAUUUCCUCUCAUGGCCUUCUGAAAUGGGAUCCUCCUCUGCAACUUUAAGGAGCCAUGCUUUCCUUCCAACUGGAAAAGAACAUAUUUGCCAGAUUAAGUUUUAUUAUUGGAUCGGUCAAAUUAAUGCAACAUUGAUGGUGGGGCUUCGAGAGCACCCUGAGGAUACCGUUAAAAAUAUCUGGCAAGAUUCAGGAAAACGGCAAAAUCAAUGGAUAGCAAAUAUGAUCACAAUCAACAGCACUGAAAAAUAUGAGGUUAUUUUUUGGGGGCUGGUAGAGAUGCAGAGACAAAAUGAAACUAUUGCCGUUGAUGAUAUUUCUUUUGGUGAAGGAUGUUUUCCAGAAUUUGCACAGCAGGCUUCCAGUUUUGAGCUUGAUGUGUGUGAAUGGAAUUCAGAUCCAGCAGCUGUGCCCGCAACAUGGGUCCACCUACAAGAAGGACAUAAACUUGCCUACCGCUCCUUUCUAGAAGAUGAAAGUAACAAUAGUGAAGGCCAUUUUGUGUGGGUGGACGCCGACAACAACAUAUUAUACAAAAGUGCUUAUCUUAACAGCUCCAUGUGUCAUUGCCUUGGCAAGAAUUGCCAUUUUCAAUUUCAUUACUCCAUGGSAGAAGGCAGCACUCUCAAGACAGUGCUAUAUACUGACCAGAAAGAACAUGCCCUGUGGGAAACCACUGUAAGGACUAGCAAGGAAUGGGUCAACGUGGACAUACAGAUACCAGAAGGAGAAGAAAAAUUAAAGCUUACRUUUGAAGGAGCAGUUCCGAGCAGAGCAGGUUUUAUCUGUAUGAACARCAUCCAGCUCAUGGACACUAUGCAACCAGCAUUACCAGGCUUCUGGUCCUCAGAKGAGUUCAUCUGCACCGAUGGCCAAUCUAUCAACCGAGGAUCAGCCUGUGACUCCCACCCAGACUGUUCYGAUGGAAGUGAUGAGGCUCCAGCAACCUGCUCUAACUAUACUAUGUGUAAUUUUGAGACUGACUUCUGUGGAUGGAAGCCGUUAAGUACAUCUGAUGCUGAGUGGAAUAUAACAACAGGACAAGCUCUUCUUGACACAAAACUUCCUGACAGAGAUCAUACCACUAAUGCAGGACAUGGAGCAUACAUUUACUUUGCUGGCUCACAACAGAGGAACACCGAGAUGGUCACGUCUCACUUGCAGAGUCCUUUCCUCAUCAAACUGUCCCCUGGACUUGUCUUUUGUCAGAUAAAAUUUUGGUAUCAGUUAUCUCAAGACUCCCAGCUUUCAGUCUUUAAAAAAAGUACCCUGGAUGGAAGUUUGGAAAAACUGUUGGGCAUUUCAGGAUUGCCUGAGCUGCAGUGGGCAAAAGCCAGUGUACCAGUAGAAAAUGUACCUGAGGAUUUACCUUUUCAGAUCAUUUUACAAGCUACAGUUAUAUCAAAAAAUGCUUUCAUUGCUGUUGAUGAUAUCAGUGUAACAGAGGAAUGUGGAGUUAUGAACAAACCACUCUCAAGUAUCAGCCAGCAAAGCAAAGCCGCUGUGUGUGACUUUGAAGAAGGUAACUGUGGUUGGCUUGAAACUGUAAAUGAUGAAUUUGACUGGGUAAGAAGUUCUAGUCAUGCUCUUCCACCUGCUUUUCAAAAGCAAGCGCCUCUGCAGGAUCACACCUACAAUAAGUCUGAAGGUCAUUUUAUGUUUAUUCUGAAAAACAGCAGCAAUAUUUCACAAGUUGCUCAGCUACGAAGCCCAAAGUUCAGCCAAACUGGAUCAAACUGCACAGUGUCUUUCUGGUAUUACAAUUAUGGAUUUUCAGUUGGAGCAGCAGAGAUGCAAUUGCUUGUGGAUGGGCUGGAGGAGCCUACUGUCCUUUGGCGGAUAUAUUACAACCAGGGAAAUCAAUGGUUGAAGGCAUUCAUUCAGCUUGGACGCCUUCCACAUCCUUUCCAAUUAUCACUUGACAAAAUCAGUUUGGGUUUUUAUGACGGCGUCUCAGCUAUUGACGAUAUUACAUUUGAAAAUUGUGCUCUUCCAUCACCAGCAAUAAGCUGUGAAGGUCCUGAUCGUUUCUGGUGCAGAGUCACAAAAGCAUGUAUUGACAUUUUAUUGGUGUGUGAUCUUGUGGAUAACUGUGGGGAUGGAUCAGAUGAAGACAACUGUGACCCUGACUUACAGUGCAACUUUGAAAAUGGUCUGUGCAAUUGGGAGCAGGACACAGAAGAUGACUUCGACUGGAUCAGAAAACAGGGUCCAACCCCCACACUGAAUACAGGCCCAUUCAAGGAUCACACACUAGGCACGGUCAGGGGACACUACCUCUACAUGGAAUCCUCAGAGCCUUAUGUAUUCCAAAAUAAAGCAGUUUUGGUUAGCCCUGUCUUCAACCCCUAUGUCAAUGAAACUUGCAUUUUCCGCUUCCAUUAUCAUAUGUUUGGAAAGCAAGUUUAUAAACUUUCAGUCUUACAGAGAACUGUGAGUAAUACCAAGGGACAGCUGCUGUGGUAUAAAUUUGGAAAUCAAGGCAACAGAUGGAUAAGACAGACUCUCCACAUCAAUAGCUCUAAGCCAUUUCAGAUCUUGGUGGAGGGUACCAUAGGAGAUGGUUUCACUGGAGACAUAGGAAUUGAUGACUUGUCCUUCCUAUCGUGUAGCCUUUACAACGGAAACUUGCCACCAAUCUCUACAACUCCAGCCGGAACUUCAGUUCCUGUCACACUCCCUGUGAACAACUGCACAGAGGAGGAGUUUGUCUGUAGAGGCUCUGGCAAUUGUAUCCACAUGACCAAGAAGUGUGACUUCAGGCCUGACUGCUCUGAUAAGUCCGAUGAAGCGUCUUGUGCAAUGGAAAUGUGCAAUUUUGAAGAUAAAUCCCUAUGUGGAUGGUAUCAGACAGCCUUAGAAGAGACGUCAGAAACUGAUUCCAUCCAUUCCAGAAAUAUUUUCAAGUGGGGACUUGGAAGAGGAGCAAAUCUCUUCCCUGGGCAAGAAAAACACAGCCCAUCAAUUGAUCAUACUACGUUUACUGAAGAAGGCUGGUAUCUGUUUACAGACAGCUCGGUUGGAAAAUUUGGUCAGACUGCUGACAUUGCUACCCCAGUCAUCUCCCUUACUGGGCCAAAAUGCAAAAUGGUAUUCUGGAACUAUAUGUCUGGUGCAACAGUAGGUUCUUUGCAGGUUCUCAGUAAAAUUGGUAACAUCACUACUAAGCUGUGGGCUCAAAGUGGCAGCCAAGGUGCACAGUGGAACAGAGCAGAGGUGUUCUUAGGAGUUCGUUCGGGUUUUCAGGUUGUUCUCAGGGCUAUACGUGGUGUCAGUUACAUGGGAGAUGUGGCAGUGGAUGAUAUUACCUUUGAAGAUUGUUCACCUUUGCUCAUCCCAAACAGACCUUGCACAGUAGAGGAAUUCACAUGUGCCAACAAGUACUGUAUCCCAAAGGAUAAUCUGUGUGAUUUUGUAAAUGACUGUGCAGAUAACUCAGAUGAGAACCCUAACAUUUGUAGCACAUGUAUUGGGUGUUGUAAUUUUGAGUUUGAUCUUUGUGAUUGGAAGCAAGAUGAAAAUGAUGACUUUGACUGGAACCUCAGAACUAGCAGUACUCCAAGACUGGGCACAGGACCAGCUGCUGAUCAUACCUUGCAAGAGCCAUCUGGACACUACAUUUUUAUAAAGAGUUCAUUUCCUCAGUUGCCAGGACAGAAAGCCAGGAUUUCUAGUCCUGUGUUAAGCAGAAGGAGUAAAAACUGCAAGAUACUAUUCUAUUACUAUAUGUAUGGAGCUCACAUUGGGUCAUUGAUUGUCUACCAGAAGACUACAGCAGAACAUGAAAAAAUCCUCCUCCUYCUCACAGGAAACCAGGGAAAUUUCUGGCAAAGGCAGGCAUUGCCCCUGGAUGGAGAUGAAGAUUUCCAAGUCAUCUUUGAAGGGAUAGUUGGAAAAGGUUCUGGAGGUGUCAUAGCACUUGAUGACCUCACAUUAUCCAGGGAGUGCUUACCAUUCCAGGAAUUUUUACCAUUAGAGCCCACAGCAGUGACUCCUACAGGCCCCUGCUCACAUGGCUAUUGGGAAUGUCAGAACGGCAAGUGUUACAGACCAGAACAAAGCUGCGAUUUUGUAGACAACUGUGAGGAUAAUACAGAUGAGAGUGAAUGUGGGACUUCCUGCACCUUUGAGAAGGGCAGAUGUGGCUGGCAGAAUUCCCUGUCAGACAAUUUCAACUGGGUGCUGGAGGUCGGCUCGCCUCAAAGCCUGAGACCUCCCAAGGAUCACACACUUGGAAACAGGACUGGACAAUUCCUGUAUCUUGAAGCUACUCCAAUAGGCCUAGAAAAUGAAAAAGCCCAUGUGAAGAGUUCCAGGUGGAGGGAGUCAAGCAAGACUUGUGUGAUGAGCUUCUGGUACUUUAUGUCAUCAAAAGCCACAGGACGUGUUCAAGUUCUCAUUAAGACUAAUGAUGGAAUUGUGAAAAUAUGGAGUGAUCCAGGAAAUCAUGGUGAUGAAUGGAAGAAAGCUGAGUUACAUCUGGGGAAGAGGAGGAAUUUUGAAGUUGUUUUUGAAGGCAUUCGUACCAGAGACAUGGGCGGAGGAGCAGCAAUAGAUGACAUAGAGUUCAAGAACUGCACCACAAUUGGAGAGAAUCCAAGGGAAUGCCCUGCGCUCACUGAUUUUGUGUGCUGGAACAAGAAUUGCAUAGAGUCUCAGUUUGUCUGUGACUAUAAACCAGACUGUGAAGACCUGUCAGAUGAAGCUGACUGUGGUUACUAUACAAGUAUUCCUGGAAGUUGCAACUUUGAAUCACAGGAAUGGACCACUGCAUGUGGAUUAACACAAGACUCUAGUGAUGAUUUUGACUGGACUAUUAAAAACAAUGCUGUCACUGUGCAAACAGGUCCUGAUGCUGACCAUACACCAGGUAAAGGACAUAUUUUUUUGUAUGUAAACUCGUCUGCCCAAAAGGAAGGAGACAGAGCAAGGAUAAUUACUACUAAAUUCUUCCCUGCCAGCCUUGGAGUCUGUAGAGUUCGAUUCUGGUUCUGGCUGUUUGCUUCUAGGCAAACAGGAGUCUUAAAGGUGUACACAGUUGAAGAACAUGGAAUGGAUAUUCUUAUGUGGUCUUCUAGUAAAAAUGAAGAGAACAAAUGGAUGUAUGCAAAUGUGCUCCUAUCCAGCAACAGCCCUUUCAGGGUUGCUUUUGAAGCUGAAGUGGGGUGGAGAGAAUCUAUGGAAUUUGCUCUUGAUGAUGUAUCUUUCACCCCAGAAUGUAUUGAUGGAGGACCAGCUGAUCCACACCCUCCAGCUUGCAGAAGUGACCAGUUCACAUGUGCAUAUGUGCAGCAGUGCUUACCCCUCACUGCAAAAUGUAAUGAGGCUGAAGACUGUGCAGAUGGAAGUGAUGAAAUGAACUGUCCCACAAAGAUUCCUACCACAGAGUCUCUGGGGCCCUGCAAGGAAACAGAGUUCUUGUGUCCUUCCAAAGGAUGUAUCCCAUCCCUCCUGAAAUGUGAUGGUGUGCCUGACUGCCAGCUUCAAGAAGAUGAAAUUGGCUGCCCCAUGAAAGAUUGUUCAAAUGGUUCUUUGUUAUGUACCUCAACUAAUCAAUGUAUCCCAGUAUCCCAGCGUUGCGAUGGUGUUGUAGAUUGUGCUGAUUUCAGUCCUGAUGAAUCCAGCUGUUCAGAUUGUCCUGAAGAAUACUGCAAAAAUGGUGGAACCUGUGUCACCAGAGAUGCUGUUCCUUUAUGCCAAUGCGGAAAAGAAUGGGAAGGAAAUCGUUGCCACCUAAGUGCUAAACCUCCUCAACAGCCAGCACCCAAUCUCCUUUCAAGUGAUGCUUGGAUUGGAUUGGGAGUUGGUUUCCUGCUGAUUGACAUUGCCAUUGCUGCCUUCUGUUUCCUUUCAAAGAAAGCAUCAGAAAUGAAACUGGAGGAAAACCCAAAUACUUCAUUUGCCAACCCAUUGUUCAAAGACCUCAGUCCAUCUGGGAACGUAAAGAGUCAUGGGUGUGCAGCUUCACCUGUUAUUCAAAUCAGUGUUUCUCCAUGGCAUGAGAAUCUUUCCAAUAAAGAUGUGAAUGAUACUUCUUUUCCAAAUCCUCUCUAUGGUGAGGCCACAGAAGACCUGGAGAAAUUAUGCAGUUUCMGGAAAAUAGACAUAAAAAGAGAUUAAUACUGCUUGUGACUCUUAGCCUGAACAUUUUUUUCGAAAAUCUGAAAGUAUGCCAUGAUAGUAUAGCAUUUGCAAUAUAAAUUAACAUAGUAUAAUUCUUGCAGUAAAAUUAUAUUAAAAAUGGAAUCCAUAAAGAAGUUAAAAAAUAYAUAGUGUGUCUUAUUUUUGUUGGCACAGAAAUAAAUUGGUAGCUCUGAGUUAAUUUUACAUUUGUACAGCUAAAAUUCCAAUAUGUUAAUAAAAAUGUUUAAUCAAAUCCAAAUUCCAGAGGUCUAGGAAUUAUAAUUUUGUCUGUUAYUUAAGAAAUCAUGACUCUUCUUUUUCUGUAAUUAUUUCUUAGAAAGUGAUCUUAAAUAGUUAUUUAAGYGUUCCAAGGGGUAGAAGCAAAAACAAAGUAAUUGCAUUAUUAGAAACAUACAAAGUUAAGUUAAAGAUGGUCAUGAAUUAUGGAUUUGAGUAUCAACUUAGGGUGUGUUUCAGCAAUGUGAAAUACCGAUAUGUGCUCUUGUAUUUAAAAAUCUAAUCGUCAUUAACCUUAAACAUAUCUAACCAAACUCUCUAAUGAUCAGCUCUGCAGUG